AUGGAUAGUGGGAGAUACCAGAGAUUAGUGGGCAAGCUCAUAUACGUAUCCCACUCCCGUCCAGACAUUGCCAUUGCCGUGAGCAUGGUGAGCCAGUUUACGCAUGCUCCUAGAACUUCCCACUUUGAGGCCGUUAUAAGAAUCCUGAGAUACCUGAAGUCUUCUCCUAGAAAGAGUCUUUAUUUCUCAAAGCAUGGCCAUCUCAGUGUAAAGGCAUUUACUGAUGCAAAUAGGGUUGGAUCUGUCACUAACAGACGCUCAACUUCUGGGUACUACACAUUUGUUGGUGGCAACCUAGUCACAUGGCGAAGUAAGAAAUAG